UUUUUUUACAACUACCACCUAUAAAUACAUUUUUAUUGUGGAAUGAUUGUACCCAUUUCAGUUUUUCAGAAAUUGGGUUCUCUCUCAACUCUCUUGGCUCUAUCUCUCUCUUCAGCCCUUCUCUCUCCCUCGUGUAACUCUCUCUCUCUCCGAUGCAAUCGUCUUUCUCCCUCAGCGGUGGCUAUUCAUCCAAGCUUAACUCCACGGUUCACAUCCACGAGAGAAAAUACAAUGAUGCAGAAGUCGAGUCACUGCGAGAGGAAUACCAUGAAAGGGUUGCAACACUUGAAAGGAAGGUGUAUGCUCUUACAAAGGAAAGGGACACGCUUCGGCGGGAGCAGAAUAAGAAAAGUGAUGCAGCUGCUCUUCUGAAGGAAAAGGAUGAAAUAAUUAAUCAAGUUAUGGCUGAAGCUUCAGGAUUAUGGCCUUCGUCUACUGAAGGGAAAUUGCUAUUUGAUCCUGUUAUAUCUUUUAUGGGACAAACAAAUGAGGGAAGUAGUGUUGAUUCAUCACAGAAAGCUGAGUCUUCAGAGCAUCCGCCAAAGGUUGACAAAUCAUCAGGGGAAUCUGAAUCUCCACAAAAACUCUCUACUGUUGAGGCAAAGGAAGGGGUCAAAACAGAAACUUCACAACACUCUUCAACUGAACAGAUGGCUGAUAAGGAGGAAACUGAAGUUGUCAAGGAAGAAACAGAUGAUAAGCAUGCUGCGACGGUGGAGGAAACAGAGACUGUGGUAGCAGAGCCUAAAAAAUCUGAAUCUGAAUCAUCUUCACUGCCAGUUGAGCCCUUUGAACCCACUGUUAAGAAUGAUGGCCCAUCAGAAUCUGUGGGUUCUCAAGAUGACAACAAGAUUUCAGUAGUGGGACCCUCAGUAAAUCCAGAAACAAUGCAGGGUAAGUCAAGAGCUGUUGAGGUAGAUCAAGUUGAGGAGGGUCAUACUGUUCUUCCGCGUGAGGCACAUGAUGUUGAUGUGGAUGAACAAAAGACACAAGUAGAGCAGAAGGAUGGACAUAUGACUCAGGCUGGAGAGAUUGUUGAAACAGUUGCUAUGGUUGAAGCUGAGUCUCCAACUGAUAGCCAGCCUGGAGGUUUUCCUCUUUGCUAAUUGAGAAUCAUGUGCAGUUAUGAUUUUAGAUCUGUAGAUAACCUGUUGUUGCUGAUAUUGCUACACGGGAGGAGAACAGAACAAGUUGGAAAAUGUGCAAGAAGGGAGAGCUAACUCAUACAACGAAGAACAAAUUGAUGAAGUUAAGAUCAAAUUAGUAGAAUUUGUGAGCUCUCCAUUAUUUAUAAUUAUAGGUAGGAAGUAUGUAUGUAAUAGAGCAAAGAUUGGUUGACUAUGUAAUAACAAUUGAAUUGUCAAGUUUUAUGAAAGAAAUAAUUUUUGCUUCUU